AUGGUCCGUCCAGCUUGCCUCCUCUCGCACUGUUGGACUUGGUAUGGAGCACAACAAACCAUGAAUUGGCUUUUGGCUGGGAAAUAUGCCAAACAAUUUAGGGGACAAGACAAAGCAUGUCCGUUCCGCCAUGCCCCAACCUCCAGCUCCGCUUGCCACCCGCACCGUCCGCCUGUCGAAGUCACAGCAGCAAGUCGCAAAAGACUCCAUCUCGCCAUCUGCAAGAACCACGACGCCUUCAUUACAGUCACGAUGCCAUCAGUUGCUCCAGUCCGCGGUGUGAUCGUCGCCUGCAGAGCCAAUGUCACCGGCGCCAAUGAUCAGCCCACUCCGUAUGUCAGAGGCGUCGAGCUGGGCACCGCCACGCACUUGGAGCCCGUUGUUGUGAGCGCUCACAGCUUCAACAACGACAACUGGAUCUCAUCGGACGUCUCCUGGCGCAUGGGCAUGCUGCUGAAGAUCAAGAAGGCCACAAGCAACAACCUCCCGCCGGGCCACAACACCUACUCGCGCGUGGUGAAUGCACUCUUCGCAAAUGCCGACACUUCCAGCGACGACUUCGGCAAGUACAUGGCACCGCCACUCUUCGGUGCUGCGGUCGUCGUUCGCGAGAAUGGGAAGGAUCUGGGCAAGGACAUUGAGAUUCUCCUCCAACUCGUGGGCAAGUACAUCUGUGGCCUUCUUCAGAGCUACGGCGAGCACUUCAAAGAGUCGACUCGCAAGGAUGUUGAUCGAUUCUUCGAGCCUCGCCUGUUCGGCACAUACUGGCGGCUCUUCUCGAUGCAAAAUGCUGCCAAGGCAACAGACCCAUCUGAGAAGGCCUACUGGACGGCUCUUCGAGCUCCAAUCCCGAGUCCGAACAAGAAAGAGGCAUGUGCAAAGUGUGGCACGAAGGGCAGCGACACCAACAAGCUGCUGAAGUGUGGUGCAUGCAAGGCCGCUGAGUACUGCUCAAAGGAGUGCCAGAAGGAGGACUGGAAAGACCAUAAGAAGUACUGCGUUGGUAUGCAGCUGCUCGACACCAUGCCAAGCAUCUUGCGUCCAUCUUCCUAA